UCCUAACUUCUUUUCGACCAGGCCAGGCCAUGGCAACGCUCCCGAGCGUUGCGGUCCUCAAGGCCGCGCUCGACAACCCCCGCGCCAUCGCCACGAAGCCCCGCGCCCGGCAGCUCCACGCCCAGAUCCUCAAGCGCCACGGCCUCUCCGCCGCCUCCCUCUCCUUCGUCCUCUCCGUCUACGCCGACCUCGGCCUCCUCCGCGACUCCCUCCUCGUCUUCCGCGCCCUCCCCUCCCCCGCCCCGCCCGCCGCCUGGAAGUCCGUCAUCCGCUGCUACGCCUCCCAUGGCCUCGCCGCCGACGCCCUCGCCUCCUUCUCCACCAUGCGCGCCCUCGGCAGGCGCCCCGACCGCAACGUCUUCCCCUCCGUCCUCAAGUCGUGCGCCUUCCUGAUGGACGUGAGGCUCGGGGAGGCGGUCCACGGGUGCGCCGUGCGGGUCGGCGUCGACGGCGACCUGUACACGGGCAAUGCGCUCAUGAAUAUGUAUGCCAAGUUCCGGAGUUUGGGUGGGGAUGUUGAAACUAGAGGUGUUGCGCACGAAGUGCUCGACGAAAUGUCGCAACGGAUGAACUGUGGCAAUGUAGCUAGACAGAUGGGUGGACCCGAUGUGUUGUAUCGCUUGAAUUCAUCGGGGCAAAAUGAAAUGGGUUCGCUGGGAAUCUGGAGGGAAAUGUGUGGUCAGAGGGACAGUGUGAGAAAAGUGUUUGAUAUGAUGCCUCAGAGGGAUGUUGUUUCCUGGAAUACGGUCAUUGCUGGGAAUGUGCAGAGUGGAAUGUAUGGAGAAGCUCUGGCGAUGGUUAGGGAGAUGGGAAAUGCUAAUUUGAGACCCGACUCCUUUACUCUGUCCACUGUUCUUCCGAUAUUUGCGGAGCAUGUAGAUGUUCGUAAAGGAAAGGAGAUCCAUGGAUAUGCUGUGAGGAAUGGGUUCGGUUCGAACUUGUUUAUUGGUAGUACCUUGAUAGACAUGUAUGCAAAGUGUGCUUGCGUCGCGGAUUCGUAUCGUGUGUUCCACCUGUUGCCUCAACGUGAUGGCAUUUCUUGGAAUUCCAUCAUCGGGGCCUGCUUGCAGAACGGCAUGUUUGAUGAAGGCCUCAAAUUCUUCCGCUUAAUGCUUAAGGACGAUGUGAAGCCUGGUCCUAUUUCCUUUUCGAGUAUCAUUCCUGCGUGCUCUCACUUGACCUCAUUACAUCUGGGAAAGCAGCUCCAUGGAUAUAUCAUAAGAGCCAGAUUUGAUUAUAAUGUGUACAUAGCCAGCUCUCUUGUAGAUAUGUAUGCCAAGUGUGGGAAAAUUGAGAAGGCUAAGUGGAUUUUCAGAAAUAUGGAGCUACACGACAUAGUUUCAUGGACUGCCAUUGUUAUGGGAUGUGCUUUACAUGGGCACGCACUUGAUGCCAUCGCAUUGUUUGAGAAAAUGCAAAUGGAGGGAGUUAAGCCUACCUAUGUAUCAUUUAUUGCCGUAUUGACAGCUUGUAGUCACGCAGGUCUUGUGGAUGAAGCAUGGAAGUACUUCAACUGUAUGACUCAAGAAUUCAAAAUUAAUCCAGGGUUAGAACAUUAUGCUGCCAUCGCUGACCUUCUUGGUCGAGCAGGUCGGUUGGAAGAAGCUUAUGAUUUUAUCUGCAGCAUGCCUUCAGAACCACCAAGCAGCUUAUGGUCCCCUUUAAUGACUGCUUGUAGAGUCCACAAGAAUGUUGAGUUAGCUGAAAAGGUUGCUGAGAGAAUCCUUCAAGUCGAUCCUGAGAGUAUUGGAACUUACGUUCAAAUGUCAAAUAUAUAUUCCGCUGCCCGGAGAUGGAAAGAGGCCGCAAAGUGGAAAGUUUCUAUGAAGGAAAGGGGCCUCAGAAAGAAACCAGCUUGCAGCUGGAUUGAAGUGAGAAACAGAGCCCAUGCCUUUUUGUCAGGAGACACAUCUCAUCCCUACUAUAACAAAAUAAAUGAAGCUCUUGAAGUUCUUUUAGAGCAAAUGGAAAAAGAUGGGUAUAAGCCCAACACAAGUGAAGUGCUACAUGACGUUGAGGAGGAGCAGAAAAAACAACUGUUGCAACACCACAGUGAAAGGCUGGCCAUUGCUUUCGGCAUUAUAAGCACUCCUCCUGGGACAGAAAUCAGAAUCAUAAAGAAUAUAAGAGUGUGUACUGACUGCCACGAAGCUAUCAAGUUUAUAUCAAAGAUAGUUGGGAGAGAAAUAAUUGUGAGGGAUAACAGCCGCUUUCACCAUUUCAAGGAUGGGAAGUGCUCUUGUGGUGAUUAUUGGUGAGAUGGUGAUACGGGAUCAAAUCUAGCGAACAGUAUCAUUGUAGACACAUGCAAGAACAAAUGGAGUAGAAUGCGCAAGCAAGACAGUGAAAUGUGGUUUUCCAGUGAGAUUAGAUGCCAGUGAAUGAUGAAUUCUAAAAUCCAGUCAGAGAGAAUCUGCAUCAAGCAAUUAAAAGAUGCCCAGUAAUUGCAAAAUGUCCAGCUGUUGAUCAUCUGAUUUUGCAUGCACAGACCAAAAAGGCUGAAAGGAGCACUUCCUUCCCUGCUCGGUCUGCUAUUGCAUUACUGCAAACAAGAUUCAAGACUACCAGAUUGAAUACUGUCAGUGACUCAGUUGGCUAAUGCAUUCAGGUUCAUUGUUGCCUGAAGAAAUAAAAGAGAACACCAGUGUGACGCGAGAGACAUAAGGUAUCCACAGCCAGGAUUAGGAGACUCUCAGAGCCUUAGAAUGGCCAGUUGCCACCAUAUUUCUUCAGUGAGGCCCUGAAACACAGAAUCAAUGGGAUGAAAUGUUUUGUGAGUGAACUGAUGGAGAAAGAAAUAUCUGCAAACUUCAAAAACCAGGGAUGCUACUUUUUCAUAAUUCAAAAUCAGAACGUCUAAUGAACUGAGAAUUAUGAAAGCAAAUCAACCCCAAAAGAAGUAUUAAAGACAAUGACUAAGUACUAAUCAGUGACCUCUACCGCUGCUGAACUAAACAAUGGUGACGAUUGGCUUUCCCAUCAGAGUGACAGGGAUGACAUCGCCAUUAUUGGAAAGACCAUUGUUAUGGGGGAAUCUGAGGAGCCUGCCACUUCCCAGUUGCAAGCUUCACGAGGAAUUGUUCAGGGGCUUAAAAGAGGUAGUGAUGGUAUUAAAACAGGAGAGAUGCCUGACAAGGCAAACGGUUGCUAUACAUAAACCAAUUGAGCUAGCUGACAGCAAAGGACCUAAUCAGAUCAGAAGCAGCAUAUGUGCAGGAUUAAUGGGGUAACAGCGAGGCAAAGUAUUUGGUGGGAAAUUGGAAACUAUAACUUGGCUGGAGAUGUGAUGACACUCUUAUCAAGGGGAGGAAAGUGAAGGUGAUGGAUCACUCUCUCUUCUUGUAAAUCUACUCUUCCAAUGCACUAGUUUUAAGAUAUGCUGCUUCAAGAAAUUUAUUAGAACAGCUUUUAGCCAUUAUUCAUCUUUUAUAUAUUUAUCAAUCAGUUUGAACAGAACACCUUCAUUCUGCUUAGAACGUCUAAUCUGCUUGAAAAAGGGAAAACUAUUCAAAAAGUCUUAAAUCUAUUACACUUUUGCCAAUUCAAUUUCAAAUCUUUUCAUUUCUUGCUAAUUGAGUCGACUAAUUUUAACUGAAAAUUGCUGACUUGGAAGCCGGCGGUGCCACGUAGGAUUGCCAAUGCCGACGUUAACAAUUUUUAAUAGUAUUUUAAUAUUUUUGAAUUUCUUUUCAUGAGUUUUUUCUUUUUCUUUUCUUUCUUUUCUUUUUUGCUUCUUCUUCUUCCUUUUGUCAAGCCAACUGGCAAGAAGGUCAACCCCGCUUGGCCUCACUUGUUCGAGGGCUCCCCUCGUUGGGGCUUGCCCAACCGUGCCUCACCUGUGGUGGGUGAGGCCAGUCGGCCCAACAUGGCCAAUGGCCAAAAGAAAGAAGAAGAAGCAAAAGAGAAAAGAAAGAAUAAUAAAAUCAGAAAAAUUAAUAAACAUUCAAAAAAUUGUAAAAUAAAAUUAAAAAUUGUUGAUAUCAACGCCGACCGUCUUAUGUGGCACCGCUGACUUCCACAUUAGCAAUUUCCGGUUAAAAUUGGUUUGAUGGACUUAAUUGGCAAGAAGUGAAAAAGUUUAUGAUUAAAUUAACAAAAUUGAAAAGUUUUGAACUAAAUUGGCAAAAGUACAAUAAGUUUAGGAUUUUUUAGAUAAUUUUCCUACUCGAAAAAAUAACUUAUUGUUUGAAAACUCUUUGAGUCUUAGUUUUUCAUUAAAUUCUGCACAAGGGGGAUGUCAAAUGCUUAAGGAAUUGAAGACUGCCGAAAAACCAUGUCUAUCUCCUGUUGCUCAGUCUUCUUCUCCAGAAGAUCUAUGUAGCGAAAAACAUGGACCACGGCAAGGCUCUCCCCACAUCCCAGGAUUUGAAGACUGCCGGUCUCGAAAAUAUUGAAGCCCCUGUUUUUUGAUGGGGAUAACCUCAGAACAGAGAAGAUGCUUGAGACAGUGGCAAACAAUCUAAGGAAUCAUCGAAGGGCUCACAUGUCCAUGUUGAAGUCUGGUUGAAGAAAGGGGUUAUUCAACCACGGGUGGUGUCAAGAAAGCAGAGAAUGACCAUUCAGUGUCCAUCAAAAGAAGGUUUUCCGGUACGAGAUUCAACCAAGCGAUAGUGAAUUCGUACACUAGCAUUGAAGUUGAUUGAUAAGCACUUUGUAGAAGGGUCAAAAUGUGACUUCAGAGCUGAGAAGGUGCUCGUGUAAACAUUACUUACAGACUUUCUUUGUUUAGGAACUUCGGUAUUGUGCCUCA